CAAACACAGGUGGGAGAAAAAACUUUCACUCAUUUUGGAAUUUUGCGAAAUCCAUGAUGGUCCAUUAUAUAACAACAGUGGCUCUGCUGUUUCACCUGCUUCCGUGGCAUGGCUGUGGUGGGGAACAAGCAGCAAGAUCGAAGAGAUUUUUGUCAGUCUUAUUGCCUCAGGAAAAACCAAACCAGAAUACAGAUUCUUCAACUGUGAGUUUCUGCCAAGGCUCCUGUCCAACCGGCUGGGUCAGCUUUAACGACCGCUGUUUCCAGUAUAUCUCCAGCAAGAAGAGCUGGGCUGAUGCAGAGGUGCAAUGUUUGUCUCUGGGAGGAAACUUGGCUUCAGUGCACAGUGAGGAUGAGUUUCAGUUCAUCAGGAGCCUAAUCAGGAGUAAGGACCCUGCAGAGAAUGCUGCCUGGAUUGGGCUAACCGACUGCCAAAAGAAGGGCACCUGGCUGUGGUCAGAUGGCUCCAAAAUGAGUUUCACCAAGUGGAACACAGGGGAGCCUAACAAUGUGAACGGCGGAGAGAACUGCGUGCACACAAGUUGGAGCUCACAGAAAGGGUGGAAUGACAUCUCGUGCAAAGACAUCUACGCUGCUGUGUGUGCUCUCAACUCAGACUUGUGAAGUAUCAUAUGAAGAUGUUACCUGGAGAGAGAUGGAGAGCCAGCCAUCUUCAUGAUGCAGCGUCUUGCUCCCUCAUGGGUGUCCAAUGGGCCUUUUCACACUUUUCUUUCUAUGCACUUCUUCAUUCUCCUCUUUCUUUGCUUCU